AUGUCGGCAGAGAUCGUUCGUAAGCUCGCAAAGGGCAAUGAGGCCCAUGUCCACAACCACAAAGGCAACUGGAAGUUCUCCGAGUCACUGGAUCAAAAAGCAGUAAUGAUACUCUCCUGCAUGGACCCUCGCGCCGACCCAGCCAGCUUCUGGGACCUCGAGCAAGGCCCCGGUAUCAUCCGUAACGCCGGCGGCAGGGCCAAGGACGCUCUUCGCAGCAUUGAAGUCCUGAGCACCAUAAUGUCGAACGGCAAGAACACCGUCGGCGCUGUGGCAGUCGUACACCACACGGACUGCGGGCUGCUGAACUUCUCCGAUGAAUUCAUCAAGAACAAGCUUAAGGAGAGGACGAGCGACUCCCCUGACCUUGCUGGCGAGAUUGAUGCAAUGGAGUUUGGUGGCUGGACUGACGCCGAGGCCAGCGUGAGGGAGGAUAUGGCCAUCAUCAAGAAUGACCCGCUUCUCCCGAAGGACCUUGAGGUGAUCGGAUACGUCCACGAUGUUUUCACUGGGAAGACCACGGAGAUAGUCUAG